GCGGAGGGUGCAACGUCUCUGAAAGGGUUGCGGGCACAAAUGGCUGCGGCUGCACAGGCACAGGCAGAGGAACGGCGCAGCCAGGCAGGGAACAGCCCAACACCUGCAGCUCCAGCCAGUACAACAAAGAGCCAGACCAGACCAGUCAUUGAUGGGGCAGCCCUGAGGAUAGACGACAAACUCAGAGUGGCCAAAGAGAGAAGAGAAGAGCAGGAAAAGCAACAAGCGGUGCGUGAGUCCCAACUCCUAGCGCGAGAGCGCAAGGCCCAGUUGCAGAUUGAGCGACAGAUGGAGGAGAGACAAAAGAAGCUGGAGGAGCAGCGCAGGAAGGAGGAACAGAGGAGAGCAGCAGUGGAGGAUAAGCGGAAACAGAAAUUAGAGGAAGAAAAGGAGCACUAUGAGGCAGUGAUGAGGCGCACCCUGGAGCGAAAUCAUCGAGUAGAGCAGAGACCGAAGAGAUGGUCCUGGGGUGGACUUCCAGAUUCUGACAAUAAAAAGGGACAGAGUGAUAGCUGCUCCACCUCUUUCCCAAUUGCUAUAGUAGUCUCCCCUGCCUCUCCAGUCUCCAAGCUGCCCGGGAGACAGACAUCACAAAGUGACAAACGUUCUAACUCUACAAUAAACCUGAAGCAGACUGACUCAGUAAUCAGCAAGCGUCUCUCAUGCUCUUCCACCCUCCUUAAUUCUCCCAAUAAAAGUGCAAAGCGGAGAAGUUCGUCUUUGAACCGGUUGCCUAGCAAUGCUCCUCAGGCCUCUAAAGAAGUGCAUAAGCAGCAUCAGGUGGAAAAGACAGGCCCAAACCUGAAGAAGCGAAGCUCCUCCCUCUCUCGAGUGGGGGCUAAAACCCAGACCCCCACCAAACCAGAGAAACCAACAGCAGACAAAUCAGCUCACCGCUCCUUGGCCACCCCCAUGGACAGCGGUGUCCUCAGCCGCCUACUUACACCCACCCAGGCUUCACUAGCUAGGAGCAAGAGUGCCGUGGCCCUGUCAGCCGAAGGAGCCAAUGCCCAAGCAUCUGCCAGCCCGUUGCAACCACCGGCCCGCGAACCUCUGCGCAGUCGCAGCAGUGAUCGAAAGAAAGGCCCUACUACUUCUACAUCUGCAGAUGCCAUCGCUAGUAUGGCCCAGCAAAAAGGUGAGAAGGAUAAACGUUUUGUGUCACCACUUGGAAAACGCCCUGCCUCACCCUCCAGUCGUCAUCGAUCGCCCUCUCCUGCUGCCACUGCUAACACCAUCACAAGAGCGCCCUCACCUGGAGCAGCCAAGCAGAGUCCACGUUUUCAACCUCCUUCACCCAACGGCUUGAAACAGAGGCCUCCAUCCCCUCAGCUCUCUGCCACAUCCAAACCUCCGCCCAUCCAGAAACCCGCUCUAACCCCCACUGGUCCCCCUGCCCUCCGCAAGAGGGACUCCAAGCCAAAGGAAAUGUCUCCAAUGGUGCCUGUCACCCUACAGUCUCCAGACACCAGCACACCCAGCUCAGCGUCUGCACCUAAGGCCAAAGAGGAUUCCAGUUCCAAAUCCAUUACAGGAACCAGCUCAGCCGCAGAGGCUUCAAAGAUCCUGGCGGAGAACCGACGUCUGGCACGUGAACAGAAAGAGAAAGAACAACAGCUACGCAUACAGAAAGAAGAGCAGGAGAGGCUGCGGAAAGAGGAGGAGAAGCGUAUUGCAGAGGAGGAGCGCUUGAUACAAUUAGAGGAGGAGAAGAGACUUGCGGAGGAGAGGAAGAGGGAAGAGGAGGAGCAGACACGUAAAGAAGAGGAGCAGAGACAGCAAGCAGAGCUCGAGGAGCAGCAAAUACAGGCUGAACUUCAGAAAGAGAAUGAGGAGGCUGAGGCGAAGGCCCUAGAGGAGGCAGAAAAGCAGCGUCUGGAGAGAGCACGCAUUUUGGAACAGAACCAACAGGAGCGCAUUGAGAGAAAGAAGAGAAUUGAAGAAAUUAUGAAGAGAACCAGAAAAACAGACCAAAUGGAUUUUAAGAGUAAUGAUGAGAGAGACAUUACUGAUGAAAAUGGAGAGGAGGCUGAGGACCAAAUAAACUAUGAAAAUAAGGAGAACCAGGCUGUGGAGUCUGACCAAAGUGUCGAGGAAGCAGAGCCAUCAGACUCCCAGGAGAAUCACCUGACUUUGGAGGAGCCAGUGACAGAGCAAGAGGAGCCAGCUGGUAGUGUGAAUGGAGAAACAGAUGUGGAUGAUAAGGAGAACAGCAAUGGACCCAGCACAGAGGAUCCCUCAGUAGAUAGCCUGCCUCCAAGGUCCUGUCUGAUGGAGGGCUCUGAGUUUGUGAAUGAAGUCUCUAAGGUGGACCUUGUGACAGGUUUAAAUGGUAAAGGCGGACCCUGGAGCUUUGAGGAACUGAUUGAUCUAGGUGUUCAUGCAAAAGGCAAACCCCUGAUGGCUGAUGGGGGCCCCGAGGGGCCCAGAAUGGCCUUUGAAGAGAAAACGUGUCCCCUCCAUCCAGCCCAGCCUGUUGAAGCUCUGUCUGAAAUGUGAAUGUGCAGGUCUAUUUAGGGCCAACUGGAUAUUGCACUCAGUGAGUCUUAUCGAGCUGAACCUCAGAGUCUCAGCAUUCAGACUCAUCUGGACAGCCAGAGGAACCCUCAGAAAGUGUACUGUGUCUCACAGUCUCUGCUCUUCAGAUAAUAGAUGGAUUAAGCAAAGGAAUAUAAUUAAAAGUUGGAAGAAAAAUGAUAAAGAAAUGCUUCAGGGAAAACGUUAGAUUCCUUCAGUGUGCUUGUGUAUUUGUUUAGCAGUUAUACGUCAAUGUUAUACGUCAAUGUUAAAUCGGUCUUCUCAUUAUUGUUGUUGUUUUGUCUUUUAAACGUAGGACAACUUUGUAAUUUAUUCAAAUGGCAGUUGUCUCCUGUCGGUUACUUUGGAAUUACCAUGUGCACCUUUUUGCUAAAUUCCAGCCUCUGUUUCUUCAUGUUUGUUAUAACAUUGUCAUUGCUACAUUGAGCUUUAUAAAAUGAUCCUGUUAGUUAGUGAGUUAAGUUUGAUGAUAGAUAACUAAUAUUUUCAGCUGACAUAGAGGUUCCAGUCACACACAUACUUAUUAAAACCCGUGCGAGAAAUGCAAAAGGAACUCAGGUAUGUAACCCAAAUUGGAAUCUGUUUUAGAAGUAUGAGGUCUUAGAAGUAUGAGGUUUGACAAGAUGACGGAGUAUUUUCCUCAAACUUUUUUUUUUUUUUUUUAAAGCUCCAAACUUAAAAACCAAUAUAGUGUUUAACACUAUAUCCUUACUGUAGCUGGGCAACAACUCUAGCUUCACUCCGCGUAGACCAUUGAGAUGCAUUCCUACUUCAGAUAGCAAAUUCUGGUCCGGAUUUCAAUAAAAACAGAUCGAUCAUACUCCAAGCUAAAAUUCAAAUUGAGUGUAAACAUUCAUCUAUACAGCUUUAGGCUCAGAGAUUUAAGGAUGUAGGAGCUCAAAUGCAGACUGGCACAAUAACACUUGUUGCUUUGUGAGGUCUAUAUGGUGUAUGUUUCUGUUGUGUAGUAAAUACAUAUAUUGUUGAUAUCCUGUACAUAAGUAAAACUAGUUAUCAAAUUCUAAUUUAAGUCAACCCUCAAAGUAAAAUAUCUUCUGAUGUCUCCAUGAAUCCAUGCUCGGCUAUAUUGCAUAGUAUAACAGAAUUACUGUAACCUUACUUGCAUGCUUGACAAGGUUUCUGCAUGUUUCUAGUUUAUGUUCCCCAGGGGUUGGAACAAAUGGGUUCUUGUAGCAAAACUUGAAUGAUUUAACGCGUGCUCAAAUGCCGAAAGUUCCAUCAGGGUCAUACUAAACUCUCAGAUCCUAAUGUGCAUGUGUUCGCAGUUACUGUUAGUUUUAAACAUCCAAGGUCUAAAUGCAACUCUUAUUUCCGUGUGUGUGUGUGUGUGUGUGUGUGUGUGUGUGUGUGUGUGUGUGUGUGUGUGUGUUAAAUUUGGUUCUCUUCGAAUAUGCAUAAAUAUAAAUAUUUGAAACUAUAUUUCCACAUAUUUAAGUAUUAUGGAAAUAAUCAGUAUUAGGCUAUUUGGCCAUUUUGUCUGGUUUGGAAUGAGAAGUAGGCAGCAGGUUUGGAUCAUCCUCUGUUACUGUACUUUAUAGUGAGGUCCAGGGAAUUCUAGCUCUGUACUACAAGAUGAAAUGCUGUUACUAAGAUUACUACACAACAGAUUACAGUACUAGAUUGUUUUUGUUACAGAAUUUGAAGUGACAUGAGCAGGGCAGAAGAAUGUGUAUUGAGGGUGCAAGCAAAGUCUAAAGGUGUUUUUGAUUAUGAAGCUGCUGUGAAAUUGACUGAUGAUUAGCAAUACUACAGAUAAGAAGCAUGUCACCUGGUUGAGGAAAAACAGACUAAAUGUACAUAUACUGUUCAUUGGUUGAGAAUGUUCAAGUGAUUUAUUGGUAUGUCCAAGCAGUUGUAAUAAAAGAUGGGUCUCCAUGUGCUUGAGGAGUCUAGUGGUAAAGACUUUGUGUUGAAUUGAGUUAAUGUUGAAGACUUUCCUUUGAAAUAUGUAAUAGGUUAUUAACCGAUUAUUUUUAUCAUUCAAAAGGCCACAGAGCUUACAGGUAGUCAAGGAUAAAAUUAGCUAAUUAGUAUCAUUCCAUCUGUGUAGGAAUAGAUCCCUUGUUAUUUAUUUAAGUGUCUUUGAUGUAUUUUAUAUGCAACUGCUUUCUGUGAAUAUUUGUAUUUUUUUUUUUUUAUCUUUGUUAUAUGAUAGACACUUUCCAGGUUCGUUUUGACUGUGGCUUUUAGACCCCAGAUGCUGAUGUCCAUUAACAGGACCUGUAGAGGACUGUGUCCUGUAUACAUCAGAACUAAAGCUGUUCUUUAAUCUUUAAGUACUUAAUACAGGUGUAGAAUUGGACGGUGCCUUAGAUGCAGAAUGGGCUGUAUUUUAUUUUUAUAUAUUAAUACCUUAACGCGUCACAUGAGCUUACCUCGGCCAUGACAAUCAAUCUACUUGACCAGGGUCAUGAAUGGGAUCUGCUUUUAUUUGAGCAGUUUAUUGUCUUGAAAUAGCCCUGACCACAAAUUAUAUUUGUAAAUAUAUCUAAAGUGUACUGGUAAAAUAUAAAUUGUUAAAAUAAAGUUUUGGAAGAUAAAUGAAAAUGUUGUUUGGGGUUAUUUAUUGCAGUCUCCUCAAUACAUGCAUGUAUUUUUUCAUUAUAAGUUCCUAUUAUAUUGUUCAUAUACUGUAUAUACAGUUUAAAGAAAUUAAACAGCCAAAUAUGUUCAAAAAUAAAACACCUUUUUCCACAAAGCAACAUCAAGCCAUUUAAUUAAAUACUUCCAUUGUAUUAAUGCAUGCUGUAUUCCCAUUCUGACAUCACACUUUACAAUUUCAGCAAAGCUUUACAAUAAUAAGUUUAAAAAUCUGUUUUAGGUUUGUGAAUCCAGCUGUGUCUAUGGUUGCUGUUAACUCCUAAGAACAUGUAACAUAAAACUGAAAAACAUUCUCACACUUUUUUUU